UCCGGUAGCGGCGGGAUCGCGGCCGUCGCCAUCUUUUCUUCACCGACCGUGUGCGAGGCGGCGUCCGGCGAGCGCGAUGGCGGGCAGGCACCAGGCGAAGCGUUUCAGGCUCGACAGGGAUGGUGGAUCUGAAAACCACAAUAAGAUUUUGCCAUCUGCUGUGGUACAUGUCCGGGGCCUGCUCGAUGGAGUCGUGGAAGUGGACCUCAUGGAAGCUCUUCAGGAUUUUGGCAACAUCAGUUGCGUAAUGCUGAUGCCAAGGAGAAAGCAAGCACUGGUGGAGUUUGAAGACAUCGGUGGUGCUUGUAGCUGUGUGAAUUAUGCGGCAGACAACCCCAUUUAUGUUGCUGGGCAGCUGGCCUAUAUUUGCUUUUCCACAAGUCAGAAAAUUGCCAGGCCAGAUGACGACGACUCCAAAUGCAAUAAUGUCCUAUUGAUCAACAUUGGCAAUCCUAUUUAUCCUAUCAAUACAGAUGUUCUGUACACAAUCUGCAAUCCUUGUGGGCCAGUUCAAAGGAUUGUGAUCUUUAGAAAGAAUGGAAUUCAAGCAAUGGUGGAAUUUGACUCUGUUCAAAGUGCGCAGAAGGCUAAGGCUUCUCUUAAUGGUGCUGAUAUUUAUUCUGGAUGUUGCACUUUGAAAAUAGAAUAUGCAAAGCCAACCCGCCUGAAUGUCUUUAAGAAUGAUGCUGAUACCUGGGACUAUGUAAACCCAAACCCUGGUAGACCAGGUAAGACCAUAAUAAAGCCUCCAAGCAAGCGUUCAAGACCACCUGCCUUACUUGGUGAUGCUCCAUCCAACUUUGGUCACGGCUAUCCUCCCUCAACAUAUCAUGGCUUUUAUGAUGAUGAUGACGAUGAUUAUACUCCGCCACAUCGUUACGAAGGCAGGGGGAUGGGUCCUCCACCACCACCACCUCCAGCCUCAGGUCCUCGGAGGGGUCCACCUUCACGGCGCUACUCAUCUCAGUAUGGCUCUCCAAAUCAGCCACCUCCUCUUUCACCACAUGGUGAUUACGGUCCUCUAGCAGAUAGUCCAGUCCUGAUUGUUUAUGGGCUAGAUACUAAGAGAAUGAACCCGGAUAGAGUGUUCAACGUUUUCUGUCUCUAUGGAAAUGUGCAUAAGGUUAAGUUCCUGAAAAGCAAACCUGGAGCUGCCAUGGUGGAAAUGGGGGAUGGAUUUGCAGUAGACCGAGCCCUCACAUGUCUAAACACUGAAAACUUUCUGUUUGACCAGCACAUAAAUGUAUGUGUGUCAAAACAGAAGGUAAUUGUUCCUGGCCAGUCAUUUGAGUUGGAUGAUGGCUCUUGUAGUUUCAAGGAUUAUGCAACUAAUCGAAAUAACCGCUUCACAAAUGUAAAGCAAGCUGCCAAAAAUCGAAUCCAGAAGCCCAAUAAUAUGUUACAUUUCUUCAGUGCUCCUCCAGGCAUUGGAGAAGAAGUAUUCCAUCAGAUAUCGGACAAAGUUGAUGUGAAGAGGCCUAAAAGUGUCAUAUUUUUCAGUGGGAAAGGUGGAUCUAAAGGAAAUCAAGGUGAGAAAAGUUCUUCUGGGCUCCUGGAGUUUGAAUCAAAGUGCGAUGCAUUUGAGGCACUGGUUAUGCUGAAUCACUACAGGAUAAAAAACCCAGAUGGGCCUGACCUGUACACACUGAAGCUGUGUUUCUCGACUGCCUAACAGGAUCCUGACGUGGGAGCAGACACAAGGCUGAUCAUUGCUUUUGAUGUAUCCGGUUUUGUUCCAACUUGUUUUUUUUAUCAUUUAAAUGCUGUAACAUGUGGUAACCCAUGAAAUGGAAUUGUAUGUUCUCCAGUUAAAGGGCAGGUUUUUUUUAGUUUUCCCAUGAAUGAAUGGUUAGUAAAAUGUGGAAUGUGACUUAGUGGUUAGUAUGUACGAGCAACUAUUUCAACUUGUUUAAUAAUUGGAAAAUUCCUGCACUGCUUAAUACCGUACACUAUUUAUGUUACAGCUACAAAGUAUUAAUAAAUGAUUCUUUUAGUC